AUGAAACAGAAAAGUAGCUUAGCAAUAUAUAAAAAUUUUAUUAUAAGGAUAUUUUAUAGUAAAAGCUCUAUAUACAAUAAAUAUGGAGGCAAUAUCAACACAGACUCUAAAUUUAGUUGUAUUCCAGCCCAUAUUUUGAAUCCACCAGAAAACUCUAUUGUAAUAGAUGCUUGUGCUUCUCCGGGCAACAAAACAAGUCAUUUAGCUUCGAUCAUGAAAAAUACUGGUUUGAUAUACGCCGUUGAACAAGAUUCAAACAGAAUGAAGGUGAUAAAGAAUAGAUUACCUAAAUUCGGAAUCAAGGAAUCGGAAAACAUCAUGUGCAUCCAGGACGAUUUUACAUCUUUAAACCCGCUUGAUCCACGCUUCUCAAACGUUCGUUAUAUUUUGGUAGAUCCUUCAUGCACUGGCAGCGGUAUAUUUAAAAGGGUAGAAACACAAUCACUUUCUUCGGAUGCUCUAAAUGGACUGAAUUGCCCAGAUAGAAUCUCUCGUCUAGCCACUUUCCAGAGCAAAAUUCUACUCCACGCUUUUAGUUUUCCAGCCGUUAAAAAAGUCGUUUAUUCCACCUGUUCCAUAAAUUUCGAAGAAAAUGAAUCGGUGAUCAAAGAAGUUUACAAAAACGUUCGACAGGAUUUUUAUUUAGCUCCCGUUAUGAUGAAGGAGUUUCCUACUCUCAGGGGUUCGUAUUAUCACGAAAAUUUUCACCCCGAAAAUAGUCAAAAACUAGAAAAAUUGCGGACAUUUUAUGAAAAAUGUCUCAGAACUGUACCAUUCAAACCUCAUAAAACUGAACACUUCUCUAAGAAUAAAUCUAAAUCUGCCAUCAAAAAACAGAAAAAUGAUGAUGUAGCCAUCGAUCCCGAAUACCUUGAAAAUUUUGAGAUAAUAGAGAACGGGUUUUUCGUGGCACUUUUUAUAAAGAGAAAAGUGGCUCUCAUAAAAUAAAAAUUUUAUAUUUUACUAUGUCUAAAUUGAUAUUAUUUUUACAAUCAUUUGUAUCGUGUUGUAUGCAUACUCAAAAAAACGAAAUUUAUUAAUAAUUUACAUGAUAAAAUAUAGGUGAAGCUUUGGAAAAAUUUAUAAAUUUUUUUGGUAUUUUUUAAUGGUUCUGGGCCAACAAAAUUUUUCUGGAUUCUGUACUGGUACAAAUUCGAAUAUUUUUUUUUAAAAAUAGAUAUUUGAAGUUUCCAUUUUAUUCA